AAUCAUUUUUUUUUUUUUUUUAAAUUGAAAUGACCUAUCAUUUUUCAGUUUUAUAGAAUAUUUAUUAUUUAUGUUAAUUCGUGCCAUUUAAUGAUUUGCAAACAGCAAACCGGUUAAAACCUACCAGAUUAUUAGUAGCGUAAGAUUUAAUUGAAUAUUCACGUCUAUGAUUAUUCUGUGAUUAGUUUUAUGUACAAUUAUCUUAUUAUCAACUAUACACUGACAUUGUUGUUAACACAAUGGUAUUUGAUAAUUUAUACCUAACUAAGGAACAUCUCGAUGGGUUUGACAAUUAUAAAUACAAUGCAAUUGAUACAAAUCCAUUGGGUACAUACAUUAUGCAUCCAUUUUGGAACACAUUGAUUAAAAUAACUCCAAGAUGGAUUGCACCUAAUUUACUAACUUUUGUUGGUUUUCUAUUUACUGUUGGAGCUUCACUUCUCCUUGCUUAUUAUGACUAUGGUUUCUUUGCAUCUGGAGUAUACAAUGAAGGUGAUCCAAUACCAAGAUGGGUGUUUGGCAUAGUGUCCUUAUUUAUUUUUAUAUCAUACUCUCUUGAUGGGUUGGAUGGUAAACAGGCUAGACGUACAAACACAAGUGGUCCAUUAGGUGAACUGUUUGAUCAUGGUUUAGAUUCUUGGACAACUGUAUUUAUACCUACAGCAUUAUAUUCAAUAUUUGGUCGUGAUGAUCCAAAUACUAUACAACCAAUAAGAAUGUAUUAUAUUUGUAUAAUGGUAUUCAUUAAUUUUUAUUUGGCACAUUGGGAAAAAUAUAAUACAGGAGUAUUAUAUUUGCCAUGGAGUUAUGACUUUUCAAUGGUUGGAUUAGUUAUCUUUUUUGGUAUUACUGCUGUUUUGGGUCCAGCUAAAUGGAAGAUGAUUUUGAUGAAUAAUUAUUCAUUUGGGCAUGUUACUGAAAUAAUGUUUUAUUUUACCACGUUUAUUGCUAAUAUUCCAGUUUCAAUCUAUAAUAUUUAUGUAAGUUAUAGAGACAAGACAGGUAAAAAUUUAAGUAUUCUAGAAGGUAGUCGACCAUUGGUUCCUUUAGUUUUGUUUGUAUCAUUGUGUAUGAUAUGGGUAAACAUUUCACCUACCAAUAUUCUUGAAAGAGAUCCAAGAAUAUUUUUCAUGAUGAGUGGAGCAAUAUUUUCAAAUAUUUGUUGUCGAUUAAUUGUUGCUCAAAUGAGUAAGACACGUUGUGAAGCACAUAACAAUUUAUUAUCAUAUUUGGUUGUUGCUAUACUUCUUAGUAAAUUUAUGCCUUCUAUUGAGUUAAUUGUCAUGUAUAUCAUGGCUUUUAUAAGUAUUAUGACACACAUUUACUAUGGAGCUUGUGUAGUGAAACAAAUGGCUGAUCAUUUUAAAAUUAUGUGCUUUAAAAUACCAUACAAGAAUAAUUAG